AUGAGCGGGGACUGGGGGUAUGGAGCCGCAUUCAAGAUAUUCGUAUGGGGCUACCUCGUCGGAGGGCUGACCCUUCUGCCCGCUGUACUUGUGGCCGUCUGGCUUCUGGGAACCAGCCCUGUUGGACAGGAAAGCAUCACCGCCAAUACAGAGGACGGGACAGCUUCAGGACAACGUAGGAAGUCGAAUGGAUCCACACACGGGAAGGACAGCGAUAACGUGCAUCUGGGUAUGGGUAUAGAUGAUGAGAUACUGGAGAAGCUAAAGGGCAGGACUCACGAGCCGGAUGCAUGUGCUGGAUACUUCGCAGUAUGCCGAGAGUACGUACCAGGGGGUGUCAAUGGCAAACCCCCAGAUCGAACAACGCCAGCCGGUGCUGUAGUAGCCGUGGAAAGCCCGAGCGUCUAUCAAUCCAUAUACAGAGGCAUAUUUGACAGAAAUAAGACCACAAGUCCUUCGAUAGAAGCAACGAAUGUAAAGAACAAAAAGGCCCGCAACGUCUUCUAUGUUGUCUUACGCCUUGGACACCUGAUGCUAUACGACAACGAGGAUCAGCUUGAAGUACGACACGUCAUAUCGCUUGCGCAUUACAAAGUAGAUAUAUAUGGAGGUGGAGAGCGCAUACCAGAGGGCGAGCUAUGGAUCAAGCGAAACUGCAUUCGGCUAAUCCGGCAGCUGGACAAUAAUGGCACGGACGCGGCGAAAGGCUUCUAUUUGUUCUCCGACAACUGUUCUGAGAAGGAAGACUUUUACCACGCAAUGCUAAACGCUCAAGAAAAUCAGAAGGACCCUACGGAUACAGACCAUCCAUUCGUUCCACUCAAAUUCGAUACACCCGAUCUUGUCAAGCUAGUGCAGCAGUUGCAUGCCUCGGAAGAGAAUCUCCAUACUCGCUGGAUCAAUGCGCUGAUCGGCAGAGUGUUCUUGGCUCUAUACAAGACCUCGCAAGUUAAAGACUUUAUCGCGAGUAAGAUCAACAAGAAGAUCGCGCGCGUUCCGAAGCCGGCUAUUAUUAGCAGUGUACAGCUACGCAAGGUCGACAUGGGCACUCUUCCGCCUUUUAUCACGAAUCCCAAACUCAAGGAGCUGACUGUUGAUGGUGACCUUGUUGUGGAGGCAGAUGUUAGCUACAAAGGGAACUUCCGCAUCGAGAUUUCGGCUACCGUUCGGAUCGACUUAGGGACUCGAUUCAAAGCUCGCGAGGUGACACUCGUGUUGGCUACUGUGUUAAAAAGGCUUGAUGGUCAUAUCCUCAUCAGAGUGAAACCUCCACCAAGUAACAGACUCUGGAUGACGUUUGAAACACCACCUAAGAUGGAGUUCUCACUUGAGCCAAUCGUGAGUUCGCGUCAGAUUACAUAUGGUGUUGUUCUCAGGGCUAUCGAGGGCCGCAUACGAGAAGUGGUGAACGAGACGUUGGUGUUGCCUAAUUGGGAUGACAUGCCGUUUACCGAUACUAUCGCGCAGAUCAUAAGAGGCGGUAUCUGGGAAGAUAGUGCAAAGGAAGACGAGGAAGACACGGACAAGAUCAAGCAGGAUGAAGCUACACUUGAGACCGCGAUUUCGGAUGCUGAGAAACUCGAUGAGAAGGCUGACUUGGCAAGUGCGCACUUCUCUAUUGCAUCAAGCGUUGAUUCGGAAGAGGUCGGCACUGGCAUAUCGUCCUCGACGGAUCACAAGUCAUCUUCUUCAGUGAGACCGCGGGCGAUGCGGUCUUCAUCGUCUGUCGCUCAGGUGAAGAUUGACUCGUCGAAUGCUUCUGCUGAGAUUGCACAUGACCGCACCAUGACACCGACAAGUGUAAGAUCACUUCCUGUCACGUUGCCUACGAAGUCGCCCGUACGACCCAAGAGCGCGCGCAAGACAACGGAGUCAUCAGAGAGUUCCUCAGAGGACACUUCUGCUGCAUCAAUCUACGCAGAAAGCACUGCAUCUGCACCGGUCCCAAUCACAGAGCAUUCGCGGACCAGGUCGAAAGAGCUAACCGCACAAGAGAUCGCCGCGGCCGCAGCCGCCGCAGCAGGAGCAAGCAAUAUGGCGACGAAGAAACAAACGAUCAAUCAGUCCCUCAACUCCGCCACAGCAGCGGCCAGGAAUUGGCUCGCAGCCAAGCAGAACACCAAGCCCAACGCCAAUACCAACAAUAGACCACCGACAUCUGAAGGCCCAAAUCCAGAUCAUGACUCAUCAUCGUCGUCGUCUUUGGACGCCCGUCCGCAGCUUCAGUCAAACCUCUCAAUCUCCAAAUCCCACACAGAACCCAUGGGCAGAGGCCAGCCCCUCCCACCCCCGGGCACACCUCUCCCGCACCCCAAGAACGAGAAGAGACAGACCUGGGCCAUCCCCGCCGCCGCCUCAAAUACAUUUGCUAAUCUCACAAAACGGAAACCCGUCGCCCCUACUACCAACUCGCCUGUCGUUUCCAGCAAAAGAUCAGUGGAGGACCUCAUUGAAAGCCCAAAAGCAUCGCUAGGUACAGCUUCCUUGGGUACGGCCUCCCUCCUACCAGCCGCGCAUUUCCCAGACCAGGACGCUAGGACUGGCGGUGGUAACAAUGCUGGAGAAGAAAACGACGGAGAGGAUGUUUUUCGUGAGAUGCGCAGAAGGAAGAGCAGUGCUGCUAGUAACGAAUUAGCAACGCCGCCUCCACCGUUACCGAAACGCAGACAGAGACAACCGAGUUUGAAUCUUAGUGCGCAUCAGAGGCGGGCGAGUCAGAAUCAGAACCUGCAGCCUUUUGGCAUGGGAGAGGAGUUGCUUGUCGUUGAGGCGCCGGUUAUCGAUGGGAAGGAUGAUGAGGGGAGUAGGGAGAGAGGAAAUAUGUGA